AUGAACAAAGUUAUGCUAAUUCCGGAAACGACGUGCUUCCGCUCGUUCUCCCGGUCAUUCAACCUGGCCCGUCACAUUGCCACCCGUCACACAUCGCCCCUCCAUUUUGUGUGCCCACAAUGCGAUCGCACCUACAAGAACAGCAUGCAUUUUGCGGACCACAUCCGGACGCACAACGGCGAGCUGUUCGGCUGUGAUGAUUGCGGAAAGCAUUUUCCCGCCCGGAACUCGCUGCGAGCCCACAAGAAGAACGAUCAUCGGGAAAAGAGGAUCUGCGGCGUGCCCGAUACG